GCUCGCUCCAGUCCACCUUUCCUCCCCCCUCCGACCCCACAACAGACGAGUACAGCCCUCCCGAGAAGGGAGAAUUUCUUGCCGGCGUGCGACGAGGCCUACGGAAAUUGGGAUCCGUACCUGGGAUCGCAUACAAAUCAUCAAACAUACAGCUUGCUGAACGGGCUGCGAUUGCCACUCCAGAUCUCUCCGCUGCCAGCUGCGAUUCAACACGAACUGGUCGAUCGAAGGAGCAUGUUAGGAGUCACAGCACCUUGAACUGUGAAAAGCCUCUACCCAAGGUCCCAUCUCCCCCACCAAUUGAACGGCUUCUGCGGAUACCCGUCUCUUCCCCUGCUACCGCAAAAUCCUUUACCACCAUGUCACGCCCAGCUGUGAGUGGCAGCCGCACGAGCACCAUGGACUCGUCAACCUCGGGUCCUUCUUCACAAAUGUAUACGAGUGGAUAUAUGUCAUCUGAUAUGGCCAGUAGUCAGAGCAGUCUUGCAAGUUCAAAUAGGACGGAAGAAGAUGAGACAAGGGAUAUCAUGACACCGAGAAGCAAUGGGCCUGCCUCAGCCGGUCCAUCCCCUGCCCAAUCACGCUCGGCGGGUGCCUCCAUGGGAGCUCCCAGGGGUUCACCAACACAUUUGUCGGGACUCAUGUGCAAUGUACAUCGAACAACAGGAAGAGAACCACAUCCGUUAGUGGGAGCUACGACGACUAUCUUGGGAGAUAAGCUUUAUGUAUUUGGAGGACGGAUUCUAUCACGAUCAAGGCCGGCGUUAACGGCAGAUAUGUACGAGUUGGAUCUGAUACACCGACAUUGGACAAAACUUGAGACUACUGGGGAUAUACCUCCACCCAGGUACUUUCACAGUGUAUGCGCGCUCGGGGACACGAAGCUUGUCUGCUAUGGUGGCAUGUCUCCUGCGCCAUCAACGGGGCAGACACCCGUCACUGCUGGCUCUGGACAGGAUUCACAACCAGAAGUUGUUGUAAUGUCGGAUAUAUACAUCUUCGACGCGCCUACCAAAGUAUGGACAUUUAUCCCAACACAGGAUACGCCACAGGGGAGAUACGCACACUGCGCCACCAUCCUUCCAUCCUCUGCGACGUUUGCAUCAGCCAACGCGCCUGCAUCGGCACUGCAGCAUAAUCCACCCGGAUCAAACCCGAACCAGGGCACCAUCGGUGUAAAUAUUGAUGGGAGUGGCGGUGCUGAAAUGGUAGUGGUUGGGGGUCAGGACAGUGCAAAUCAUUAUAUCGAGCAGAUCAGCGUUUUUAACCUUCGGAGCCUGAAAUGGACCAGUACUACGCAGCUCGGAAAGAGUUGCGGUGCUUAUCGAAGUGUCGUUGCGCCGUUACCUGGUACCGUAUCCUCCCGCCUUGGAAAAUCUUCUCCCACGAGACCAGACAAUCCUGGGGCAAGUCAGGAAUCAAAGGAGCCAGGAUCAUGCAUGUUGAUUUACUCGAAUUAUAACUUCUUGGACGUCAAGCUGGAAUUGCAGAUCCGGUCAUCUGAUGGGACCUUGACGGAAAAACCAAUGCAAGGGACUUUCUCGCCGCCUGGCUUACGCUUCCCGAACGGUGGUGUCAUUGAUACCAAUUUUGUUGUCAGUGGCACGUAUCUUACGUCCUCGAAACAAGAAUAUGCGCUAUGGGCGUUAGAUCUACGGACCUUGACCUGGAGCCGGAUAGACGCUGGUGCUAACGUCUUUAGUCAAGGGAGCUGGAAUCGUGGUGUUCUGUGGAAUCGCCGUAACACUUUCGUUAUUCUUGGCAAUCGGAAACGGAGCCUGGUAGAGGAUUACAAUCAUAGGCGCAUCAACUUUUCGAAUGUCUGCAUGGUUGAGCUUGAAGCCUUCGGAUUAUAUGAUAAUCCAAGAAAAGUUUCGCCGAUGUCUGGUUUCGUCUCCGCCAGUUCCCCCUUUCCAACCCCAUCUCUGGGUCUUAGUCCUAAAACCGGCUGGGCUAUCGGCGGACGCUCGUUAUCCAAGGCUGCUGAAGACUUAGGUACGGCGGCACUUGGAUUGCGGGAAUUGGCAGACAUGGACAUCCUCUGCGUAGGCGGGGAGCGAAUCCCCGUCAACUCUCGCAUCAUAGCCCGGCGCUGGGGCCCCUAUUUCGUGCAGCUCCUACGCGAAGGCUCCUCGCUACAGCCUGAUAAUGUCUACCGGCAUAACCCUAGCAGGAAUAGCAGUGUUACGAUCACGCCAAGUCUUAAUACGCAAUCCUCUGGCCUGUCAAUCUCUACCACUCUUAAUAGUACGGGAACAGCGCCUUCGCAGAUCUCAUCACCACACACGGACAUCACGGCACUCUCUCAGCCUCCGGACCCAACUGCACUCCCGCCUACGUCUAGGCCUAGAACUCUCUACUUGCCACACACGCAUCUGACCCUCCAAUCCCUUCUGCACUACCUCUACACCUCUUCUCUCCCGCCUAACACAUCCCCUCUCUGCACCCCGCAGAUCCUCUGUUCGUUGCUCCAACUUGCGCGACCCUAUAAAAUUGAUGGCUUGCUUGAAGCUGUCGUCGAGCGCCUGCACGGCGUUCUCGACUCUCGCAAUGCCGCUGCUGUUUUCAAUGCAUCUGCUAUGGCUGCUGGCGGAGGGCGGGGUACCGGGGCGAGCCCAGACGGGGAGUGGCUGACAAGCCCGGUGUUCCCCGAUGUCGUUGGAGCCGGAAUCGGUCCCCCAACCCUGAAGCUGGGCGGCGAAAUCCCGAGGGAAAGUGGCUCGGGGGCAAGAGAUGGACUGAGGAUCAACACCUCAGUAGGGAGUCUCAACAUCGGAAAUGCAAGCAGAGUCGAUGAAGAAGAGAUCCUCUCGGCGUCCAGCAGCGUGGCGAGCGAAAGCGCCAGCGAAGCGAGCGAGAGCGGUAGAGCUGGAAAAGAGGAGAUCUGGAAGGGCAACGUGAGCGCAGUAAUCGGAUUGCAGAAACGCGGACUGAGGGGUCUCAUGGAAGGACGACGGUUACGUGAACGU